AAGCAUUUUAGAUUUGUCAGUCAUUCAUCAGCGUUACCCCCCAUCUAAAUUACUCAGAAAUGGCGGUCGGAAACCUACACAGGCUCCGCCAAAUCCACCGUCUGCCGGCGAUCAGCUACUCCAAAUCCAUUUUCUCAAGAUGGUCGGCGUCCGCUGCGGCCUCGACGGAAUCCUCAUCUAAAAAGGUAUCAGAUCGCAUCGUCAAAUUGUUCGCAAUUGAUCCGGAGGGCACGAAGAAAGAGGUCGUUGGAUUAACGGGCCAGACUCUUCUUAAGGCGCUUGCGAAUCGGGGCCUGAUCGACCCCGAUUCCCAUCGAUUGGAAAAUAUUGAUGCCUGUUCGGCGGAAUGCGAGGUCAGUAUCGCUCAGGAGUGGCUCGAGAAGCUCCCGCCGCGGUCCUACGACGAGGAGUAUGUGCUCAAGAGAAACUCCAGGGUCAGGGCUUUGAACAAGCACUCAAGACUUGGCUGCCAGGUUAUUCUCACCCCCGAACUUCAAGGUAUGGUCGUUGCAGUUCCCGAGCCCAAGCCUUGGGACAUUCCUUAAUUUUUUACUCGUUUUUGGAACACUGGAUCUUUGUUAUAUGGCUUAUUUGGCUGUUUAAUAAUUUGUACCUUGAGAUGGUGCAUUUGGUGGACGACUUGUUGUCUUUGCGAAAGAUUAUCCUCUAAUUGCGUCGUUUCGAUGCUUCUAUGUUCUAGUUGUUCUGUCGUCUUGUUUGAUGGUAUAUUUUUGUAUUCGGAUUUCUGUACCUCGUUGUUACAGUGGAUGUAAACAUUUGGAGAAUGUAUAAGAAAUUGGCAAGCAAUUGUUAGAAUAUGAAAAAAAAUUGAGUUCCUUC